GCAAGAGAUUGUAUCAAAAGCCAAGCGUUGGAUAAUAAUGCUGACAUCCUAUUCGUUUAUAUCAUGUGGACAACACUUAGGCACUUUCAUUACAGUGUUUGUCUUAGCUCUCACACAAAAGGAAAAGAUUCCAAACCUAAAUUUUUUCGCGAUGAUCGCCUUAUUUCGUGAACUGAGCGAAAAACUAUGCCUGUGUUUGCCAACUUCUAUCAGUUACAUUACAAAUGUCCGCGCGGCCUUUCAACGCAUGGAAUCAUUUCUGCAACGGAAUGAUUCUUCGAAUUUUGGACUUGAUUCGAAACGCUCUGUUCAAAUCAAUAUUAUUAAAAACAUUCCUGAUACAGCCAAAAAAGUCUCUGUGAAAACUCCUCUCGUAUGCACUGAAACCUACACAUCUAUAGAAGAACAAAAACACUUGCAAAAUAAAGCAUUACAUGAAGUAACCAACAAACCUCGUCAGCACGACCCACCAUAUCUUAGCUUACACGAGGUAACCUGCAGACUUCCUUCACGAGUUUCACGCCAGUCUCCCGAGUCAAAUUGCACGGAAAUAUUGAAGGACAUCACAUUUAACGUAGCUACUCCGGGAUUGGUGUUAGUCUGCGGUCCGGUAGGCAGCGGUAAGUCGUCGCUAUUGUCAACCGUUCUUGGUGGAGAACUCCUGGUAACAAAUGGCUUCGUCAAGUACUCGGGAACUCUCGCUUAUGUUUCGGAUACCCCUUGGGUUUUCUCUGGGACUAUCCGUGAGAAUAUAUUAUUUGGCUUGCCUUACAAUGAAAAAUUGUAUGCUGAAGUGAUCACAGCUUGUCAACUGGAAAAGGAUUUUAAAACAUUCCCUCAAAACGACUUAGCUCUUAUCGGAGAACAUGGUGCAACAGUAAGCGGUGGUCAGCGGACACGUAUCGCUUUGGCACGUGCAACAUACUCACAGGCCGAUAUAUAUUUACUGGAUGAUCCACUCAGCUCCUUAGAUGUAAAUGUCGCCGAGAAUGUCUUUCGGUUAGUAUCUUUCAAUGAGAUAUAUUAUUAUUAUUUAUAUUACUGUCCAGACUCCAGUGUCAGAUAUGAUUGAAUCAAAGGUUUAUUAAUGGCCAUUCCCCAAUUAAUCAAAAAUUUUAACUCAAUACGUCUAGACAACAAUUUCAUCACAGCUUGAAAGAGCAUCACAAAAUUAGUAAUAUUCCAAAGUUUCGUUGCGAAAUGUUGUAAAAUGCGGAUAAUAUAGCCUUGCGAAGUUUGCAAUUUUCAGUCAUUUUGCAUUACAAACGGGAAAUGGUUACCACUUCUGUGCGUAAUACAAAAUGACUGAAAAUUACAAACUUCGCAAGGCUAUAUUAUCCGCAUUUUACAACAUUUUGCAACGAAACUUUGGAACAUUACUAAUUUUGUGAUGCUCUUUCAAGCUGUGAUGAAAUUUUUGUUUGGGCUAGUUAAGAUCAAAAUUUUGGAAAAGUGGUAACCAUUUCCCGUUUGUAAUCUAAAAUGACUGAAAAUUCCAAAUUUCGCAAGGCUAUAUUAUCCGCAUUUUACAACAUUUCCCAACGAAACUUUGGAAUAUUACUAAUUUUGUGAUGCUCUUUCAUCAUAUGAUGGAAUUUUGUCUAGACUUGUUGAGAUUAAAAUUUUGGUUAAUUGGGGAAUGGUACCACCAUUAGUGACACGAAUUUUUGAACUAUUUAACUACUGGAGCAUUUACCCCAGUAUUCGGAUUCAUGAUCAUCUGAAAAUCAUGCUUCACUACGGGGGCAAGCAAAGGACCUAUACUGGGGUAAAUGUUUCCGUCUGCGGUCCGAGUGUGGAAAAUCUAGCAAACUUUGCGUAGUUCAAAUAGACAACAUCAGCAAAAAAGUCUCAAAAAGUAUUAGCAUGGUACCCCGUGCAAAUGUAUUUGUUUCCACUGAUACCCUUGAGUACUUUAUCAGACAUAAUAAGUACAGCGUCAUUUUGACUAUUGCCGCUCGGAUUAAAUAGAGAAGGUUCAAAACUCCAGCGCGAUCACUGGCGGCUGCUGCGACUGCUAUAGUGCCAUCGAUCCAGAGUAAAGCUCCAGUCAAACGAAAAUCAGAGUUGAGGAGCGAGAGUUUGUAUGGGAGUUUUCUCAACUCUAAUACCCCGGUGAAAAGAUAACAAGAGUUGCAUGAGAGUUGAUGUGAGUUGCCUGGGUAUUACUGAGGGCGUAGCGAACACCCUCGUCAAAACUCAUCAAAAUGUGAACCAUCUCAAAGUUGAUGAGAGUCCAUGAGAGUUGGCGGUCAAACGCGAACGAGAGUUGGAACUCUCAUCAACUCGCGUCCUCGUUUGAUAAGCCUGUGGUUGACCAGCCCUAUAUAUUCCAAUUGAAAGUUGAUGGAUUACCAAAAUAUUUUACAGGAAUUGUAUCCGAGGACUAUUAUCCAGUAAGAUAGUUCUUUUGACCACGCACGAUACCCGAUAUUACCAGGAAGCGGAUCAUAUCAUUCACCUGGCAGGUGGAAAAAUCGAAGAAUUCAAAACCGGUCAUUCAUUGGCUGAAUUCGAUUUGCUUCAAAGAAACAGAGUGCCUGAUGGGAACAAGGCGGGAGGUCAAGAUGUGUGGUGUGUUUCCAAUGAAAAGGAGGGAACGGAGACGUUAAAACUGGAGAAGGAAGAACGAGAAAUUGGAAGAGUUGCAUUCAAAGUUUACAAGGAGUACUUUUUAUAUGGAGUUUCGGCGAUUGUCCUAUUUAUUGUUUUUUUGGUGUUCUAUUCCGGACAAG